AUGUAUAAUAAGAUGUGGCAUCAGACCCAAGAGGCCCUCAAUUCUUUGCUUGAUAACGAAUCUGAGAAUGUGAUAGAAUCACAAAGAAAUCAAGUUUUCAUCUUCCAAAUGUUGGCCACCUUCUACAUAAAGUACGUGCAGAUCUUCAGAAACCUGGAGAAUGUCUACGACCAGAUUGUCCACCCGCAGAAGCGACUGCUGAUCCGAAAAAUCCUGGACGGGGUGAUGGGUCGCAUCCUGGAACUGAAGAAUGAGAUGGUUGAAUUGGAGUUAACCGAGUUUCAUUAUUUCGAUGACAUCCUUCAGGACCUAAAGUUAGCUCCUCAACAAUUAGAUAUUCCCAUCCCCAAGUAUUUUUUGAAGGAGAAGUUGGAAGUAAUCAAAGGAAGAGAGAAAAUCCUUGCUCAGAUAUUAGCUGACUCUGGAUUAGAUAUGGCUGAAAAGAAAUACUCUCUGAAGAAUAUCCCCCUGGAAGAAGCCAUUAAAUUAAUCCAGGUCGCUGAGAGGGCGCGGCAGGGUCGCCUACGAGCCAUGUUCAUGAAGCAGAUCUUCCUCCAAGAAUACAGAGCAAAGCAAGCCAAGAUCUUUAGCGAGAAAGUAGUGGAUCUGGAGGUUGCCGCGCUGCAGAUUCAGAAGGUCUGGCGAGGUUUCCAUCAAUGUAAGAAAACCGAAAAACAGAGAGAGGAUGAGAUGAUAUUCCUGGGUAUGAAUCCACCUCCUCUGUUUAAUGAAGUCAGUGCCACCGUAAUCCAGGCCGAAAAGGUGACCUCCCUAAGGAACGAGGUACAGGUAAAGCAUGAGAAGAAGUACAGAGAAGCCCUGGUUAAAAUCAAGGAUGACCUGAAAUUAGUAGAAGGUCCAGAUAUUAAGGACAACCUACAAGACCAAAUCCGGCAUUGGUUCAUCGAAUGCAGGAACUUAACAGGCACGUUUCCUGACUACCCUAAGGUAGAAGAAGGAGGGUCAGCUAUUAUUUUUUCCAACAAGACCCCACAACAGGUUACUGAAGACAUUAUUGCAAGCCAAGAAGAGGAGGGGAAAAACAAAAAGAAUAAAAAGAAGAAGGCAAAGAAAGCCAAGAAACCUAAACAAGAUAAGGAGAAGAAAGGCACAAGGGAAAAAAGCAAGGAAGAAGAUGAGGGGUGGAAAAUGUCACCAAGUGUUUUCCUUCCUACGAUGGAGGAAGGAAAUAACGUAUACAAAGACAUGUGGAAGAAUAAAGACGAAUCGUGGAAUUUCCCCCAGAUCUAUGACCCGGAACUGAUCAAACAGGAGAAACGGAAGGAACUGGAGUCAGAGAUCAGAAUACAGGUGGACGAGCUGAUGAGGCAGGAACUAAAAAACUUGAAACUGGCCGUGAACAGAGAAAAGGAGCAACCACUCAAAGCAGGAAAGAAGAAAGACAAAAAGAAAAAGAAAGGGAACAAAGGGAAAAAAGGGAAGAAGGAUAAAGAUCUGACAGCUGACAGGACCAUUGAGUCUCUGUAUAAGGAGCUGGUGGAAGAAGGGCUGCUGAUCCGGGCUCUGAACGUCAACCUCUCUGAUUACAUCGGAGAGUACAGUUACUUGGGGACCACUCUUCGCCAAGUGUCCAUAGAGCCCAUGCCUUCCCUCCUGGAUGUCAGACAGCUCAUCGCCUUGUACGGGAUCUUGCCUCUAGGUUCGGCAGCAGUGCAUGAGAGCGCCCCUUUGGUGAAAUCCCUGCUGCUGGCGGGGCCAUCUGGGGUAGGGAAGAAAAUGCUGGUCCAUGCCAUCUGCACCGAAACAGGGGCCAACCUCUUCAACUUGUCUGCAACCAACAUUGCCGGGAAAUACCCCGGCAAAAGCGGCCUCCAGAUGAUGCUGCAUGUGGUCUUCAAGGUGGCCCGGCAGCUCCAGCCCUCCGUGGUCUGGAUUGGGGACACGGAAAAAACCUUCUACAAGAAAGUUCCCAGCACAGAAAGGAUGAUGGAACCCAAACGCCUGAAAAAACAGCUUCCAAAAAUCCUGAGACUCCUGAAGCCGAACGACAGGAUUCUGAUCGUGGGGACCACGCAGCGGCCUUUCGAUGCGGAACUUCAAUCCUUCUGCAAAGUUUACCAAAAAAUUAUCUUGGUUCCCAGACCAGACUAUGCUUCCAGAUUCGUUUUGUGGAAACAGAUCAUUCAACGCAAUGGAGGCGUCAUUACGAAUGCCUUGAAUGUAAGUUGCCUGGCGAAGGUCACCGAUGGCUUCACCCAAGGACACAUAGUCCAGGUGGUUAAAGGUGUGCUCACGGACCGCAGAAUCCACCGGCAAAACUACAAACCACUCACAGCGGCGGAGUUUAUUGCAGCACUAGCCAGCAUGAACCCGGUGUACCAGGAGGAAGAAGAGAGCUUUAAGGACUGGUAUUCCAAAACCCCUAUGGGUAAAAAGCGAACCUUGGCGCUAACAGGAGGAAUCGCUGAAAAAGAAAAGGGGAAAGGAGAAAAGAAGGAAAAGAAAGGAAAAAAGGAGAAGAAGAAAAAGUAACACCUUUCUCAAGAACCAUCCUUGAGUGUAUCAGGGAUGGAGGUGGCCCUGGCUCGCCAGGGAGAAGGCUCACCGUCGCCUGUCUAAAGAAGACCCAGGCCAACACCAUGAGCUCGUCAGCCCCUGCAUUCACUCAGAUCUUUGCAUGCUGUACACCAAGUUCAAUGUCCAUAGCAAUUGUUUCUAGAGCUUAUAACUACCUCUUAAUCUAUGUAAAUCUUGUAUAUAACUGAAAUCCACUCCUUACACACUCCACAAUCUUUCCAGCUCACCAAUACAAGACACCAAAUUUAACACGUAAUAUUUAGAAAAUACACUGAUUUGACAAACUAGUAAGUAGCUUGAAUCUGUCACCAACACUCUGGCUUUGUAGUAAUCCAUAUAUACUGUAUAUUA